GCAGGAAAAAAAGUGAAAAAGUUAUUAAAUUUGGAAGAAAUAUGUUCCAAUUGUGUGGAUAAAGUGGAUAACAAUAGAUUUCGUUAACGUCCACACCAUGGACAAGACCAAUAUUGUGAAUACUUUCACCGAGGCUGUGGAUCAAUUGCGAAACACGGAAUGCAGCGAAAAAGAGAAAAUAGCUUGCUUCCAGAAAAUUUCGGAAUGUAUUACCUCACCGCUGAUGCAUGGCCACCUCAACUAUGCCACAUUUUGCAGCAAGGCGACCAAUAUUUUAUUGUUAUUUUGCGAAGAUUUGGAUCCAACAUGCCGAGUGCAUGCAGAGGAGAAUUUGAAUAAAAUAUUUCGGGUGUUAGAGAAGACAAGGGCACAUCGCAUAUUAAUGGAUUUGUAUGGAGAGAUAAAAAGGAAUGGUAAUCAUAGAUCACUCCGCAUAUGCCUGCGAAUAUUUGGCUACUAUGCACCGCGUAUACGUGAACACAGUGUGCGUUGGUAUGCACAAAAUCUUUGGCCCUGUCUGAGAGUUAUAAGCAGACGCAAGGAAACCUUACUGCAGGAGACCCUGAGCGAAUUUGUCGUGAAAUUCGGAAAAUACAUACAACAAGGUUUAACCGAUAGCGAAACUUGUAAACUUUUCGAGGCAUUCAUAGAAAACAUAGGAUCCGAUUGUGCCGUAAAACGUAGAUGUACAGCUCAAAACUGUAUUAGCUUAAUUGAGUAUGCUAGCAACAAGCCUUUGAUGGCUAAAUAUGCCCUUAACAAAGUGUUGGAAAUUCUUAUCGCUGACCAACAACCAAAUACAGUUAUUGGCGUUUUGGGUUUCUUGCGACAAUUGGUUGUUGUGGUCAUCAAAGGUUUGACCCUGGAUAACAAUGACAACGAUGAUACAUUUGCCACAAUUAAAUCUACAAAAUCAAAUAAUUCAGAGGAAUCUCGUCAGCUGCUGGAAAUAUACGACUAUUGUUUGUAUUUAGUUAGCUCUACUCCCUCAUCCCAACAUUCCAUUAUAAAUGCAGCAUUGGAAGUGAUAAAUUCAGUACUACAGUCAUUGGAGGGCAUUUCUGCAAAGGACACAAAAAAUACCCUACACAUUGGACCUCAGCUAUUGCAAUGGAUCAAUGAUAAAAAUUUAAAACAUGCUUCCAUUCUACGCAACAAAAACACACUAAAACAUAGAAUAUUUAGUGUGGAACAAUUUGAUGAAGUAGAUAGAAUUGGUUUAACUACUGGAGAUAUCACAGCAUCGCAAACAUCCAGUGAUAUUAUCCUAUUGCAACCACACCAACGACAACAACAACAGCAGCAGCAGCAGCAUUUGAAUGCGGCAGCGAAAACAUCUGGCAUUGGUGUGGAACAUCGUUCGAAAAGACAUACGGCUCGCAGCAUUAGUGAAUGUGUCGAUAUUGAUUAUGUAGAUGAAGAUGGGACACCAGCAUCAUCCUCAGCGAUGACAGCCAAUGCUAAUAGCAGCAACAAGAAUGCCGAUGCCGAUGAUGAUGAGAAUGACGAGGACGACGACGAUGGAGAUUUUACAACAUUGUCUGAAAUGAAUGAUGAUUCGCAGCACACACAGCCCUCAUUGUUAGGAAACAUUGAUUUCACCACAAAAACCUCUUCAAGUGUAAUCAACGAAACUAUUUCCGGCCUUGUUGAUGGUUCGGCGGCUUCGAAGAUACAGCAACGGCAUCAGGAUGAUGUUGGCAGCGAUGGUGGUGGUGGUGUUGGUGCCACUGUUGAUGGUGAUAGACAAAAAUUCCUUGUCAACUUUUCGUCAGAUGAUGAAAAGUCAACUCAACUGUGCAACACAGACAAUGAAUCUCUGAAUAGUAUUGAAUUUAAGGCUGACAUCUCCAGGGGUUUAGUAGUUCAAGGUGUACAUUCGAGGAGUGAUUACAACAAUGAUGAUGAUCAGCAACAGCAGGGCAAAGCGGAGGAGACAUCAAAAUCGAGCAGCACUGAUGCAUUUACCACAUUCUUUAAUAACUUCAAUGCAGCUUCUGAAUCUGUUACGAAAUUAUUUCGUCCCAGUGGUUCCACUUCAUCCAGUGCUUCGAAAAAUGUCAUCUCUCCAUCGACUACGGCUGACUCGCUGUCUUUGGCCUCAAAUGUGAGUUCCCUAAAACGUACAGGAACCGAAGUGGAAGUGAUUGAAGAUUCAUCUCCGGAAUCCAGUAAAACAUUUCCAACACCCUCAACGGCCAUCAUGGGAGAGAUACGUUCUUUGGAUUCAAUUGACAUUCUGAGUACCACUGACCACAGACCGAAUGAAGGAGUAACACCAAAGGAUACUCCCUCGAGGAUAAGCAAAAAUCCUUUCCUUAACACUUCCCCUGCGACAAGAGAUAAUGUGGAGUUACCAAUUCUUCCUGUUGACAUUGGCAGCCCCUAUGAACAAGCUUUAGUUAUAUAUACCGCACGUUUGAUAGCAGCAAGAUUUCUAUUAACGGGAAACCCAAAAGGCUUGUACGACGAUGCGACUGUCAGAGUUUCAAUAAAAAAUAUUUGCCUAAAUGUCAUCUCACAAUGUAUCCGUUUACGUCCAGAAAUAUUGGAAAUAUCAUUGAAGUUCAUGCAAUCGGAAAAGCUACAAGAAAAGUGUACUUUCGAAAUGGCAUCUGAUCGUCAGAGCCCUUUGCAAAUCCCAAGUGAUUCCAGCUCCAAUGUUGGUCAAGACUAUGAACAUUUGGAGGUGAUUACAACUGUGGAACAACCUCUGUCAACAGAAGUUCCUAGAAAAUCCUCUUUUACCCAAUUGGACGUUUUUCGCAUGGACGAUGGCAAUGAAGCACCUCUAUUGGAAAUCAUUGACGAUCAUUUUGGCAAAAGCCCAAAUGAUUUCAAUUUCACUGCAACCACAACAUCUACAACAAUGACAAGAAGUGCCGAUCCAAUAUUGUUUAGUAAAUCCGAAGACACUUCAAAUAGUUCUCCAAUUAUGAAAACUAAAAAAGAUAAAUUGUCCACCUCUGAGAUCUUGGGAGUUGAUACAAAGCUAAGGGGUUUUGUUGAAAUCACAAAUGCCGAUGAAGAUAUGCCUCCAGAAAUGUUACCACCCAAACCUCCAAAGAGAACAAAAACUUUUCGUAAAUCCCAAAAAUACAACAAUGCAAAGAAGAAUGAAUUGAACUACGGCUCAUCAACUACUAUCAUGGGUGGUAUACAAUAUAUACAGGAUAUUUUAUAUUUUUACAAUCACGAAGACCCGAUUUUACGUGCCGGAGUUCAGAGUAUCAUUGGCCAUUAUUGUAGAUCCAAUCAAGCUGGUCUUAUUGGAAGUUCGAGAGUAAAUUUACAAUAUUUAUUGGCCAUAUUGUGUGUGGGCUUACAAGAUGACAUUCACACAGUGGUCAUACAGGCUUUGAAUACAUUCGAUAAAAUAUUUCCAUAUGUGUUAUUUAAAUAUAUGACCAUUACAACAGGCGGAAUGGGAGCGGCAGUGGAUGCACAAGGACACAGGCAAGUCGCAUGUCAUCGUCAUCAUCAACAUCAUCGACAUGGAAGACAACACAAAGAACCGACGACGAUGCACAAGAAGGAAGAACAACAUUGCCCCGAGCCAGAAAAUUGUAGUGCUGCCGAUGCUGCUAUUCAUCGAGCAUCGAGUACCAAGUUAAAGUGUAUUUCAGGGCACUUUAACGAUAAUGAUGGGAUUAUAGCUGCGCUUUUGAAUGCUUUUCAAUUGCAAGCGUAUAUCAACAACAGCAACAACAAUGAUAGUCAAGCAUCACAAAGCAAUGAGGCUGGAGGAGCACCCCCCAAUAAUCAUAUUAUGAGUAACGAUGGUGGUGGUGUUGCUGCUGCAUCCGUUUCCUACGAUUGUUGCUCCGCCUCAUCAUUAUUGGCAACAUGUUGUUGCUGCUGCUGCUGUUUUUCUUCAUCUCCAACGGCAAGUCAUUGUUGUGGCAGCAACUUACUUUUCAUAUCACCAAAAUUGCUAUUGAAUAAACUUCGUCUGUGUCACUACAACAAAUAUUGGUUGGUCCAAAAUAAAUAUGCCGAAGUUAUUUCAAAUUUAAAUUAUGCUUCACUACAUUCUUAUUACGGAAAUAACUAUACCACCAACAACAACAAGACCAGCUGCAGCUUUAUCAAAGGCCUUUGCUGUUCAACAUCUUCAGACGGCUGUCAAUUGGGUUGUGGCGGCUGCUGCUGUAGUGUUGGGUUAUCCAAUAUAGUGUUGGAUGAUGAUGAUGUUGAUGGUACCGAUUUUGUCUGCAGCUUAGAGAAUUCAUUUAUUGAAGAACUUUUACAACUGAUUGCUGAAGAUGAUGUUCGUGUCAGAGAAUGUGCCUCGAAAUGCUUGUGUCGUUUUAUUAUCCAAAAUGCCAAACAUUCUAAUUCACAUGACCAAGAGCAACGACAACAAGAAUAUCUACAACAACAGCAGCGCCUUCCCUUUGUUAGUCAAGAUGAUGAAAAUAUUUUGCAUCGCACAUUUUCUGAUAAUCUGAGAAUGUUACAAAGCUUCUUCGAGUACAGCAUCUUCAACGAUAUGUCACCCGCAGUGCGUUAUUUAUUCAAUCCCGAGAACCAACAGCGAGAUGCUGAUGAUGUAUCAACACUGUGGGAUAGUAAUGGUGGUACAAUGACAAAGCGCAAGGAAGCCAUCCAAACGGUGUUGUCCAAAGUUUUAUAUCGUCUCAGCAAUAAGUUGAUGUCACUUAAAGACAAAAAUGUUCAGUUCGGCAUCAUAAACUGUAUAAAACAAUUGCUGGGACAAUUUCCAUUUGCCGAUUAUGCCGACGCUUGGUCAGAGUUCAGCUUUAUGGAAAUCUUCGUUAAAUUAUCUCAAUAUAAUUACAACACUGCUGUGGACUUGGCAUGUCAGAGUGAUUUGAUUGACGUCAGCUGUAAAUUAAUAGUUGGUUCCUCCAUAUUUUAUGCUAAUGACGCCGACCGGCAGUUACCACGAGAUCAUGUAAUAAGCCUGCUUAAGCACACAAUGAAAAUUAUAAAUAUUUACUAUCACAUAUUUACCAAUCAAAAGCCAUUAAUUAUGGCCAAAAGCCAAAAAGUCGAAAUAUUUAGUAAUGCCAAAGAAUUGGCCGUAACACAGAGUCUGGGCUAUUUUGGCAACGAAUCUAUUUAUCUGAAACUCUAUCAAACUUUGAAAAGUGCCUAUGAUAAUUAUAAGAUUACGAUUAAUGAGGAAGCUGGCAGCAAAUUAAUUUCCCUUUUGAAAACAGUUCUAAACUCAUUGAGUUCUUGCAUUGAAAUGCUGCCACAUGAAGCAACUUUGUCAGCAGCAUCAUCAACAACAACGAUAAACAGUGUCGGCGGUGGUGUAGGGGGUGGUGGAAUUGCCAAAAAUGCAAUGGAUGCAACGACAUCAACAACAUCCUUUACAUCGUCGUUGUCUUCGACGUCAUCUUUGGGACAGGCUGGCAGCAGUCAGGGCUUAGACUCGGUACCAGUAUUGAAAUUAAUUGAAGAAACUCUUCAGUACUUGACCAAAGUCAUAAAUUAUGCACCCGAUGAGAGCAUUGGAUGUCUGCGACAACUGUUGAAAUAUUUGUUUGCCAGAAAUUAUGGCAACAGGCAGUACCAACAGCAACAACCUUACAAGCAUCAAAUGAAACAAGGCCAUUAUCCGGCAUUUAUAAAAUCGUAUUUUAAGGCCAAAUGUAAAGAGCAACAUUGUGGUCUAAGCAACAACUACAGCAAUGAUGAUGUUGAUGUGGGUGGAGGCGGCAGAGGCGGCGGGGGUGUUAGCCCAACAAUACAAAACAAUCAAACAUCAACAUCCUCCCCGGCAAAUGUUACACAAAAAACAUUAACAACCAUACAACUCCAGUCCAUAAAGUCCGGACUGUCCGGCAAUGUGGAUGUGUUUAGCAGCAAUACUGGUGGCUAUUCUUCUGCCACCGCUGCCACCACAGUUAGCCCACAAGACGAUUAUCUAUUGUUAUCCGAGUUAUUUGCAAGUGGUCUGAAAUAUCAUGCUUGGAAGUCACCACACGAAACAGAACUGGCAAGGCAUAUUAAGCUAUUUGAACCCUUGGUCAUCUACUGUUUGACGCUGUUCCUAAAAUGUAAUGGACGAGUUCAAGCCUCCAUCCUAGAUAUGCUGAUAUUGUUACUGGAUUUCAAUGUUACCUACAGUAGUCUGGAUUCAAAGAAUGUAAUAUUUGAACAAAUAAUCAAAAGUUUGGAUAUAAUUGAGGGGGGAAUUGCACGCAAUGGCUUGAUUAUUGUCACCCCAAUGAUACGUUUCUUGAUUAAGCUGUCGUCAAAGAACGAACGUAAUCUAAUAACAAUACCAAAAAUAAUCAGCAUUACCAACAAUUUAUUGGCCAACUAUAGCAUACGAGAUGUGGCUGUGCGGGCCCUGAAAACAUUAACCUAUGAAAUAUUCCUUAUGACCUUACCCGAUCAUCGUCCCGAUAGUGAUGGUAGUUCGUUGCGUCCGGGACAGGGUACGGCUGCUGUCGAUGACCCCAAUUCAUUGGCUGCCAUUACCGAAAAUCUGCUAACACUCAACGAUGAACUUGACACACAGAAAGAAGUCAUUUUGGGGAUGUUGGAGAAAUUCAUUGAAUCCCAAGAUUGCCAACAACUUUUCUGCUUACUAUUGCUAAUUGAGCAAUUGCAACAGCUUACAAUGUCCAAUGUAGGUGGAAAUAUCAUGACAACAAAAGAACAAAAACUGCCAUCUUAUGACAAUAUUGAAGUAGAUGGUGCUGGUGUCGGGGGUAGUGGUAGAGGCAAUGCCCGGCAACGUCAUGAACAAAAGACAACAAAAUGUUUGCCAAAUCUCGAUACGGUCUGUAAUAUGAUAUGCCAGUCAAUAUAUACAAAUCGUUUGUGCAUACAAGACUGGCACACAUACCGCCUGCUGGAUACAUUCUUUAAAAACAAUGGCAAAUAUCUGUUGGGUAAUAGCAGAGAAUUUAUGGCAUUAUUGAAAUACAUCAUUGAGGCGGAUGUUACAAACUUUAGUGAUUUAUCGUAUGCAACGAUUAUCCUGUCGAAUGUAAUCCUCAAAACCGAGGAAAUUUAUUUAGUAAAUCACAUAAAGCUCUAUUUGAAAAAUCACCCAACUACAGUGGAAAAGUUGAAGCGAAAGCAACAGCAACGCCAGCAAACCGCUAACACCGUCAGUGUCGGUUCUCAGCAGCAACAACAUCAACAACAACAGAAACAUCAGCCGUGGCUACCGGAUGUUGGCCAUGAUAAACCCUCAACAUCAUCAGCAGCUCGAGCUGCCGCAGCCGCUGCCUUCUCCGCCAGCAGCUCACCAUCACCAUCAUCAUCAUCAACAUCCUCGUCAGCGUAUAAUUCAAGUGGCCUAAACGAGUACAACUACUUCCCAACCGUUUUAUGUGACGUCCUAUUCGAAUGUCUUCAAACACUGGCCGAGCAUCGUCGAAACUCAAAUUCGUACAGCCAUCCGUUUAGCAGCCAAUAUUGUCGACUAGUUGGUAAUUUUGUUAAAGUUUUGAACAAACUUUGCUCGAACACACGUUCGGAUGAUUUUCUACUUGUUUCCAUGCGUUCCAUUCUAAAUGGCUGUGAAUCGAGAUUGUUAAAUGAAUACCAUAAUUUGUUGAUGAUGUACUCGACACAAGGCUGUCCUCCCAAUGCGACGUGUUGUGCCCAACUUUCUGGCUCUACGUCUAUGUCGUCUGCAACGAUGGGAAAUUCUACAGGAAUUUCAAUGAGUGGCGGUGGCAGCGGUGGCGGGGGAGGUGCCGGUGGGGGUGGUGUGGCUUCCUCUUUAUCAUUAGCAAUAAACGAUGCUGCUGCCACAGCCAUGGUUGAUAAUGUCAUGUUGCAGCUACAAUUGGAAUUGUUUCAGUUGUUAAAAUCUGUUGGUGUUUUGGAUACAUUGGCCUUGUUGCAACGUCUGCAAUCCAAUGACAUUUCACAUCACGUUCGACGUGCUCUCUUAAAUAAGAUUUGCCAACAAAGUGUGCCGCAUGCCACGAUGGAAUGGAACCUGCAACAAGUGCAGCAGUUGUUCAAUGGCAAUUUUCUGAAUAUUUUAAUUGUUGAACAAUUUGCAUUCGUCUGCAAUUUAUGUGAAGUGGACGAGGAGUUUUGUGCGCUGUUCCAGUCAACGGUUCUAACGAACAUUGGAGUGCUCAAUAAGCAUUCAAUUAUAUAUCUGUUGCGUCUGGUGGAGAAUCUGUGCAAGAAAACGGAAGAAUGUUCCAUUCUACGAUUUGCUAAAUGUUUGCAAAUUUUAAAUAAACUAUACAGUUUUGUUGUAAUGUCAUCAUCCGCAUCAUCGUUAUCUUCGUCUUCUUCUUCGUCAGCGUCAGCAUCUUCAGUUGACAAACGGCCACUUCAAUUACAAAUUGAGCGUUUAGCUCGACAUUUGAUCGUUAAUUCGUCCGAUACUUACGAUAAAAAUGCUAUUUACGAUACAUUUGUCCAUUUAAUCGAAGAAGACGAAGAACAGCAACAAUUGUUGACGACUACCUCAAAGGAAGGAACUGCCGCAUCAUCGUUAACAACAUCAGCUGGAGCGGCAGCAGAUGAAACAGCAUCGUCGUCAUCCUCAUCGUCCUACCACUUUAACUCAAGUGAACAUUUGCAAUUUAUGAUCUUAAAUGAUUUGGAAAAUUCUUGUGAGCUAAACGAUGAUGAUGGCACUCCUCCGUUGGGAAGUGGUUCCAAUAUUGUUGACGAGAAAUGGAUAUUUAAUCAGUUAAUUAAAUUCUCGACACAAAACAACUAUGAUCCUGGGCAAAUAGUGAAAAUCCUUUUGGAGAUACAAUCGGAAAAUAAGCUACAAAAGAUAUUCAACACGGCCAACUUUGAUGCGGAGCGUAUUUUAAAGCACACAAUUUCCCAUUCGCUGCAGGCGAUGCUGCAAACAUUUCGCAAUAAUUGCAUACAAUAUAAUCCGCACAUUCACUACAUGCGACCGAAUCCAUUAGCGCGAGUUUCACUUGCCCAGCUUAUGACACGUAUCGUUGAGGCAACAAUUGUUGGCGAUGGUGGCAAUGACAAUAAAGCAACAGUUUCCAGUACCACCACCGGCCCUAGUUCCACCACCGCUGCUGAUACUGAUGGUCGUCGCAAGGCAUCGUUAUCGUUCGUGUUGUCGUUGCUGUUGCCCAUACAUUUGUGUGAAGCUGUAAUCGCAUUAAUGGAAAACAUUAAACAAAUUGAGGUGACGGCCCUAAUUUACAUCGAAUCGAAAUUCAUUGAUAAAUUCUUGAGCGAACACUUGUUGCGACCGGAACAUGUAAACGUCCUGGUGCGCUUUAUCGGUUACUGCUGUCAACGUGUUGUGGCCUUGUGCCACAAUAGGCCUCUGCUGCUAAACAACCAGGAACAAAGGAACUCCCUGACGAUAGGUCUACGCUGCAUCGAUGCAUUGUUGCAACAGAAAUUCAUUUGGAGCGCCCUGAACCAACAGCAGGCGACAUUGGCAAAGGCACCCUCCAGUGGUGGUCCUGGAAGUGCCAUGGAUGCUGAUGAAGUAGCAUCGACACCACUGGCAAAGUGUGAACUAAAUACAAUUAUUUGUUCUCUACUCGAUGUUGUUAGUUUGGCAGGCACUCUGCUGCUGGAGAAUACACCAUUCUACAAGAAAUAUAAAAAUGUUUUGAGGUCUUCGACAGCAGCCGCAACGACCCAUUCCCUGGCAAGUGAACCACCACAAAAACAUCAACAACACCAUUGCUGUCGACAUGCAGCAAGGCCACCACACCAACCACAAAAGGAGGAGUGCAAAUCGACAACGACGACGACUACGACGACGAAUGAGGAAGAAAACUUUGAAAAUAUUGCCUGGCUAACAGCAAAAUACAAUUCGAAAGCUAUUUUUCUGGGAAAAUUAAUUGAAACGAAAAUUGGCAACUAUGAUAAAGGCAUUUGUUUUGGUGAAUACAACAACUAUUCGUCUACGACUUUUACAUUUUGUCCGGCAGCCAGCAGCCGACCGGGUGAUGUUGAGGCGGUGCAGGACCUCAAAGGCAUAAAUAACCAGUUUGAUUUCAUUUCAUUGGAUGUUUUGCUAUCGAUUGGUAUUUCAACACUGCGAACGAAUCUGUUUUAUGCAACAGCCGUAACACCCCUUGAAAUCAUGCAGCAGCAACAACGUUUACUAUCUUGUCCACCAAGUGCUGCCGCAUCACCAUCCACAUCGCCAUCGCAUCAUAAAAAUCAGUCGGUCACUGGCGGCGGCACGGCUAUGGUAACCAGCAAUUCAAUGUUGCCAAUUAUUCCAAUUGAAAGUCUAAGUGAUGUCGAUAUUUUGAAGAGCUUUGUUCGAAGAUUGUCGAUUUUUGGUUUUACAACACGUCAACAAUUCGAAGAAUAUUUUAUGACAUUCCUGCUGCUGAUCAAUAAAGUUUACGACGAGAAUAUGGUGGACCAGCAAGAACAAUUUCAAAUACGCAGUAUUUGCUUGGAAGCCAUUAUGGAACUUUUAAUUACCUACAAAAGUUUUCCAAUUGUGGGCAAUAAACUUUCACUCUAUCAUCACACGACACGAUGGAAUCGUAUUAAUUGUGAUACCAUAAGCCUCAAGAAACUGCAUGAAAUCCAAUUGAUUAUAUCACCGCUCAAUGUAUUCUAUCACGGCAAUUUGGAGCGCAACUUGAAGACGGAUACGGUAAUCGGUACCCAUUACUUUGGGGCAAAUCAAUUUGAUUUGAAUUUCAUAUGGCAACAAAUGGAAGUGAGUUCCGCAUCGCGUCAAUCGUCGAUUGACGACAGCGACAGUGUCAAUGAGGAAAUUCUUGCGGCAAAGAAUUCGUCAACGUCACCCGAAAUUGUGGCCAAACAUCUGAGUGGUGUUGCUGCCAAUACCGCCUAUCGGAAUUAUCAGUAUUUCACCCGACAAUCUGGAGUGGAUUACAAAAGUAGUUCCCAACUGAUAUUCGACGUUCUGAUGCAAAUGAUUGAGCAAAACCAUAUUUUAAUUUUACCAAAUUUAGUGAAGUUCACAGAAAUCUGUGAGAAUCGUGAACAAAUCAAACAAAUUUGGGAAAAGGCUGACUAUCUGAAGUCGCACAUACCCAUGGAUGAUACCAUUUCGCAUCAGUAUUUGAUUUAUUUGCUUUGCAAGACCAAGGGCAUGCUGAUACCCUCGCAUCUGGAAAUGUUGAGUCUGGAAAGUCUAAUCAAGAACUAUUUAAAGUCUUCGCAUUUGUUUGUGCGCUGUGCUGCGUUAAAUGGUCUGCUCAGUCUGUUGGAGAGUUAUAGCAAAACCAACACCACCAUUGGCAGGUUGAGUGAUGAAUUGAUACGUCUAAAGGAUAUUAUUCUAUCGUACAUCGAUAAACAUGGUCUCAUCGAGGAGAGUCCCCUGCACUGCAGUGACUUGCAUACGAAAUUAAUUUGGACCUUAAAUUUCUGUUUAAUGGAAUGGACUUCCAAGUUGGAUCCCCACUGUAAUGUGGCCUACCACACAAAAAUGAUGGUUAGCAAGCUGCUGAAGAAGACAAGCAAUGAACAAAUAUACUUGUGCAUUUUGCAUGGUUUGGAGCGUAUGAUUGUCCAGGACAAUAAAGUUAGUAACGUCACCAGCAGUGGCGGCGGCGGCAGCGGUGCAGACAACCAAAACCAAAUGUUGAGGCCCGCAACUGAAAAACUUGCUCUUGAACUGGCCAAAUUGGAAAACGAGAAAUUUUCAAUUCCCGCACUGAAAUUACUUUUGUCCUGCAUUUAUGUGGGCUCUUCAAAACAAUUGGAGAAUACCGAAUUAAGCAAUGGCAUUGUACAAGACGACCCCGAGAUAAUCGCCCAACAAACGGAUAAGGUCGAUAUUUUGCUGCAAUGCAUUAAAACCGCAAACGAAGAAGCGGCUUGGAUUUAUGGCCAGGUGUUGUGCCAAAUGAUACGUGAUUUAGUACCGCCCAAAGAAAUAUUGACGAAGGUCAUAAAGGAGUUCUUGGCCAUAAAUCAACCACAUAGCGAUGUUAUUGCAAUGAUUGUAUUCCAGGUUUUCCGUUCGGCCAUUGAUUCUUCAUUUUUGCAACAAUUACAGGAUUGGCUUACCUGUUCAUUACCCACGUUCUUAUCGUUGCCGGAGCAGAAAGCCGUCUGGAGUCUUAGCGUGGUGUUCCUUUCGGCCUCCAUAAAUCUCCAUUUAAUGAAACUGUUUCCAUUGCUGUUGAAUGGCGUAAAGGCAGCCACAGCCACAGUGGCGGCGUCAUCAACAGCAGCAACAACACAAACAACACCGCUGACACCAACAACACCAACAGCAGCAAAACGAAUGAGUUCAACAAAAUUGGGUCAUCACGAAAUUGCAUUGUUCGUGACAUCUGCCCAGGAUUUCUAUGCGAAAUUGGGCACUGAACAAAAAUUACGUUUUCGCGAUGCCUUCAAGGAAUUUCAUCAUAUUAAAGUCUACAACAAGAUGUUACAAAGUCUGUGAACAACCAAACAAACACUGAGAGAGAGAGAGACACACACACCCACACACUGGAGCAUAUGCCUGCUAAAAGAACCCAUGCUUUACCACUUCCCCUCACGCACACUUCCAAUUUGAAAUAUCAAAGCCUUACAAAACUAACACGAAUCCAGAAUGAUGAAUAUGAUGAGAAAUCAUCAUAAUGUGCUGCAGCUACAUAGCCAUCCAGUCAAGUCAGCCAGCCAGCCAUGUUUAAGGGGGUGUGAAACAGCGCUCGCGAAUAUUAUGCAAAUGAAUGAGUAGACUGAAUGCAUGUUCUUCCUCCACUGCUACUGCUCCUUAUUUGAUUUUCUUUCUUUGCAAAGAGAGCAUGAAUAUUUGAAAGUGUGUGGGUGUGUGCGAGUACAUUUGUAAAGUCUUUGAAUGAAGCGACGACUAGGACGACAAAAAGAAACUCUAUUUAAGCUUAAGGCUAAAAUUGUAAUUUAUAUGGGUCCCUACAUACCCAAUUUUAUUUUUAUGAACAUUUUUUUUUUAAUUUUAUUUAUUUAGUUAUUUUUUUAUUUCCAUAUAAAUAUAUAUAUUUAACUCAAUACUAAUUGGGCAGUUAGGUAGUUGUUUUGCAAGUGUAUUAAAAAAUACUCUUGAUUGUUUUUGAGCGUUAUUUUUAAUGUUCUAUAGCUGGAACUCAUUUAUAACUAAUACUCAUUUGCGACUCAUCGGGUUCCUAAGUAGAAAAUUCGUAAAUGAUUGUUAAAUACCUGUUGGAUAAAAAUGUGAAAAACUUCUUUAUUGUAAAAAUUUUGGAUUUUUGGAAAAUCUACAUAAUAAAACAAGUAAGCAAAGGCUAUAGUCGUGCGGGGACGACCAUGUGGUGAUACCCUACAACACUACAAUAUGUUGUCCUUAUGUCAAAAAUUUAUUUUUGAAGUUUUCGAUUUUGAGAUAAAGUCAUAGAUCCAUGCCCAGAUGUUACCCUUAUUUACGCACUCCGCCGUGUUGUUAUGUAUUCAAAAAAAAAAAAAAAAAAAAAAUCACAAAA